GAGAAGGAGGAUGCUGAGCGCCCGGAAAAGGAGACCGGCCGGCGCCAUGUGAGGGCCGACUUCCCCUGCGCCGUGCCCUCCUGCGCUUUCGUGCUGCGCACGGCCAAUGGCCCCCGGCAGAAGCAGGUGCUGGACGGCCGCGGGAUCUUCCUGCAAUCCCUGGCCUCGUCACAGAUGCUGGCGGCUGAGAACAACCACCUCUCCAUGCAGCCCAAGCAGCCGCCCGGGGAGCUUCGGCAGAUUGGCUUCUGCGAGGACCACGAGCUGGUGCUGGAGCGCCUAAGCCAGCCACGCUGGCCCUCCAAGGCGGAGUACGGCGGGCUCGGUGAGACGGAGGCGCCUUCCCCGCGCACGGCAGCGCCGGCCACGCCCAUAACGACGUUGCAGCGCACGAAGAGCAGCGCGCGGCUGAGGAGGGCCAAGGCAUCACCUCCUCCCCCAGACGAGGCCAUCAGAUUGGGAGACACCGUGUACCUCCGCGGCGACCGCGGCCUCUUCGAGGUGGAGGGUCAGGCCAUGCGCCUCGCGGCCGGCACCUCGCAGCUGGCGGAGCUCACAGUUCUGCCCUUCAUGGGCGCGGCACAGCUCGCCGACCCCUCCACGGACAAUGAGACACGGAAGUUGGCCAACGCCUGCACCUUCCGCGGCCGCGCGGUGAAGGAUGGGGACGCCAUCUGCCUGCAGGCAUCCACUGGCUGCUUCGUGGGGAUCUCCGGCACCCAGGCAGAUGGCGCCCCGGGCGGAGCGAUGCCGGCCUCGGCGCUGGGGCGGUGCUGGGUGCGCGCGGACUUCCAAGACCCAGCACCCAGCUGUGCCUUCGUGGUGCGCACCACGGGCCGAGAACCGCAGGUCUUGGCCCAGCGCGCCAUCUCGCUGCAGAGCUUGGCGUCAGCGCAGGUGCUGGUUGCGGAGGAGAAAGUUCAGAGUGCCCUCAUGCAGCCCAAGAACCUCAAAAGCCUUGAGCGCGCGCAGCUGAGCUUCGAGAAGAAGGCGGCAGAGAAACGCCAGGUGCCGCCGCAGCGGCCGGAGGGCCGGCUGCUGCGGUGGCCGGAGCCCCACGUGCGCGUGCGCCUGCCGCAGGAGGAGGGCGAAGGCACCACGCUGGAAGCCGCCGAAGCGGGCUGGGUCCAGGUGCGCUGGGACCAAGGAGGCGUGCGCAAACAUCGUGUGGGUGCUGAGGGACUGAAGUACGAGCUGGUGGUAGUCUCCAUGCCCUACAUCCUGGUGGCGAAUGCCUUCGGCAAGACCAACGGCAGCUAUGUGCGGGUCGGAGACUGCAACGGCUACCCCAAGUUCCGACAGUUGACGAACGGAGAUGCCAUCAUGUACUUCGAAGAUCAUUGGAGGAUCAACGCCCGAAAUGACGUGACGAGCUGGUGCUACCACCACCCCUCCGCUUCCACGUCCUCCUCGUCCGCCUUUGCACGGCCCCCGCUGGGCGCCUGGCCGGCGAAGGACGACGCGGAAGUUCCCCCGGCCAACGUCUCGGUGAUGCCCGCGGUCACCAAGGUGGUUGCAAGCCCCGCGCGGCGCAAGGCCAGUGCGCUGGAUGCGCUGCUCCAGCUGCCAGACGACUUCGCGACAGAUCGCCUGCAGCGACGCGCCUUGCGCCUGGGGCGCCGCCACUUCCCCCGCGGCGACGCCGGGGAAGUCGUGCGCUGGGCGAGUGCGGCGAAGGCGAAGCGCGAGGAGGCGUUGGAAUGCCUGGCGGAGCUAGCCGAAGAAGAUGAUGGAGACAACGAAGGUCAGCUGCUGCUGUUGGACGGCCUGCCCUUCCUCAUCCCGCAGGGGCAGGUGCCAGAAGUGGCAAAACGCCUCGGCUUUCCGGAGAUGGAGGCGCUGCUCUUUCGCUCCGACGAGCCUUUGGUGCUCUUCUUGGGCUCCAACUUGGAGCUCCAGCCGCACCAGACCUUGGAGGCGUGCUUCCGCUUUCCCAGCCGGUUGGUGAAGACAGCGAAGGAGGAGCCCUGGGCGGGGCGAAAGCGCUACGGGCAGUGCGCCGGGUACUUGGUCCAGGUGGACACCGGGCUGCUGCGGCAACAGAGGCUCAAGCCCAGCGAGGCGCUGCCGCACAAGCUGAUCAGCGGGCAGUUCCGCUGCGGGCGCUGCCAUCGAGUCCCGCUGCACAGCAAGGAGCAGACGCAGCAGAUCCAGCCGCAGCCCAGGUUUUUCAACCUCUUCGGGGUGGCGGAAGUGGCUGUCUGCCUGGUGGUGAUGGACCACUCCGCGAUGGCGCAUCAGCAGUGGACCUUGGUGAACUACUCCAUGUUGACCAUCCGACAGGCGCGUGUAUCUAUUUCGGAGCGAUCCGCGGAAUCUGCGCUGAACUAUGAGUUCGUUUCAAGGUCACCUGCGAACAUCUGGGCUCCAGCUGUGAGAGUGUCUUCCGCUUCUGUCCCCACCUUCCUCCGCCCGAUUUUUUCCCUCCCGCUUCGCUCGGCGCGUGAAAAACGCUCCAAGCGCGCGCUUGGAGCGCGCGCCAUGGUGCCCCCGCGGGUGGACUGGUGGACCACCCGCGGCGUCAACGGCGUCGGCGUGAACGGCGUCCACGGCGGCCUGGGGCCGCGCCCGGCGCGGUCCUCGAGUCCGGCGGGGAGCGGCGCCGCGCAAGCGAAGCCGCUGAUGCGGCUGCUUUCGCUGGCGCGGGAGCAGGAGAACAUGUGGGCCCAGUUGGUGACCAGCUCCAGCGCCAUGGAGGGCCAGUUGCAGGCGUUGCGGCAGGAGCACGAGAUGCUGAAGUUGGAGAGCCAGGCGCUUCGCCGGUGUCUGGACCGCGCGGGCCUGCUGCCGGCGCAGGAUUUGGAGCAGGAGCUGCGGCAUGCGGGCGCCGCCUUGGAGGCCGACGAGGUGCGGCCCCCGACCCCGGGCGCGGGCGGCGCCUCCCAGUUGGCGCUGGCGGCGAAGCAGCGCUCCGCCGCGCUGGCGGAGUUGGAGCGGGAGAUGCAGCCGACGCAGCUGCCGCAUCCGCAGCCUGUGCGGGAGAUGCGGGAGGUCGCUUCGCGCACCCCGUCGCGCACGCCCAGCGCCCCAUCCCCGGUGCGGCCGAGGGACCGGCGGGCGGUGAGCCCCCGGAACAGCCGCACGGAGUGCAGCGAGCGGGGGAGCUGGACACAGCUGGAUCGCGGCGCCAGCCCCCGGCGGCCCGUGCUCAUGGGGGGUCGGCGCUCUGAGCGGAUGGAGGACAGUCCAGAGGACGACGAUGGGCAGACCUUAAAUCAGGUCCUUGAGGCUUUCGAAGGGAAAGACGAGCAGCGGGCCAUGCGGAACCUGCAGCGGCUGCUGAAAGCGCCCGACCCCAUGGGCCGAUGGGAAGGCCCCGGGGGCCCGCUCAUCGCGGUGGCGCGCUUGGGCCGCUGCGACCUGGUGCGCCUCUUGCUGCGCGGCCGCGCCAACGUGAAUGACGCGGACGCCAAGGGGGUUACAGCAUUGCACAUCGCUGUCUUCGAGGGGAACAUGGAGCUGUGCAAGACCUUGCUCUUGGCCCGCGCGGACGUGGAGGCCACCGACCGCCACGGCCAGACCCCGCUCUUCUUCGCCCCGGCCAAAGAGAUCUGCCGCCUGCUGGUGGAGCGCCGCGCCGACGUGGGCGCGCUGAACCGCAAGGGCCAGACGCCGCUGCACCUCGCCGGCCGCGCCGGCUUCCACGAGGUGCUCAGCUGGCUCUCGGCGCGCGCGGGCAAGGUAGCGGAGCUGCGGGAUCACCACGGGAACACCGCCCGCAUGUACGGGCAGCAGGCGCUUGCCGCAGGCACCGGCUCGGGCGCGCCCAGCGCCGCCGGCUCCGCGCGGGCGGCGGCGCCGGAUCCGCGGGAUCCGCGGGAUCCGCCGGUGCCGCUGCCGUCGCAGUCGGCGCUGGUGAACGGCACGGCGCAGGAGUUCAAACUCUUCCAGGAGCCGGAGGAGUACGCGUUGAGCGUGCUCAACACCCCGGAGCCGUCUCCGGCGCCCUGCCCGUUGAAGGACGGCCGUCUGGUCACGGCGGCGGACGCCUUGGAGGCGGCCGCGCAGGUGGCAUCCGCCGCCAUCUCCGCCGCCGCCGCCGCCAUGGCGCCGCAGGAGCCCGUGACUGCGCCACAGUUAGAGGCUGAGGUGAAUGAGGAUCAGAGGAUCCACAAGCUGGACGAAGUCUUGGAUGAGUGCUGGUGA